UUGUGGGGGCAUGUGCGCAUUGCUCGACACCGUGCCGGCGAGUAAACUCACGAUGCGGAGUCUCCUCGACGUCGUCGACGCAAACAGUGCCCCAAUUCGCGACACUUGAGUGAUUUUUAAAUGUAUAAUGGUACUUUUUCGACACUCGGAAUCAGCACACACCAUGCUCAGUGCCGAGGGUGUGACCGACGCCGAAAACGGCCAGGAUACCUGUCUCAGCAGUCCCAGCGAAAAAUCAUUCAACAAAGAUUUAAACGGCAGCAUCUCUCAGAAAUGGCGCCGAUUACGUAAUUGCUGUGCCUCUUUGCGGGGCAUUAGCACGCAGAGUAGCCCCGAAGCGUCCCGGGACACCCUCCUCAAUCCUAGUCCUCGAAUUCUAGUCAGUACGCCCCACGCGACUUCGUCCCUUCGUCUCCCUGGGGCGAAAAAGAGCAGCGUCCAGGACGUCCUCCGGGCGAAAUUGAGUCGAAUCCAUGUCGGGCUUCGCAAACGCAGGGCUUUGUCCGUUCAGGAGUUCUUCCACAGUCCGACCCACGAGCCCCAACAGCCCCAACCGACAUUCUACGUCCCUUCGCCCGUCACGCCUGACACCGGCGAAGUCCAAACUCGGCGAAGGGCGCGAUCGCGCCAAAGAACCGUCAAUUCGGUGAAUUUAACACCUGAUUAUGGGUAUGAUAGUGAGAGUCAAGGGUACGACUCCCUCCCCUAUGAGCCGCCCCCCGAUUACGACCUCGAUGAAAAUCAAGCGACGAGAAGGUGGUCAGUGGUUGGGAGCAUCCUCCACAAGAAUAACCAAGACAACAAAACCAAGAAUUUAAUUAAGUUAGAAAAUUUAAAUAUUAAAAUUCCUAAAACCAAGCUUAAAUUCGAACGAGCGAGGUCGCAUUCGCCCAACAAGAAUAAAUACCAAACGAAACCAAUUAAAAGUGAAGCCGACACGAGAAAUUUUAAUUCCAAAGUUGUUACCUCCAAAAGCCAUUAUGAACUUAUAACUAAACAAAGGCCGGAUGUUGGACAAAAUGGUGAAUGUGAACGGAUGACUAGUGACCAUAAACAGGACUGGAUUGAAGAACUCGAGGAAAUUGAGGAAGAAGAAGAGAGCAAGUUUUGUACACUGCCUCGAGGAGGCGGUAGUACGUUUACGAUAAGACAGGUUGUUUUCCAAAAAGGCCCCGGUUACAAGGCUUUAGGUUUUAGUAUUGUCGGGGGGAGGGACUCUCCGAAAGGCAGCAUGGGAAUCUAUGUUAAAACAAUCUUUCCUAACGGUCAGGCAGCGGAUAGCGGGACUUUAAAAGAAGGUGAUGAAAUUUUGGCUGUUAACAGUAAACCCCUCCAUGGUGCUUCACACCAAGAAGCUAUAGCCGUUUUUAAGCAAAUCCGUUCAGGUCAAGUGCUACUUCACAUAGGUCGACGUGUUGCCAAAAAAACGCGAGAAAGAGUUGCUUAAUUUCCAAUUCUGUACUCUUUUUCACACUAAUGCGCAUCAAGUAGGUUGUGGAAGUCUAAACGCAUCUUUAACUUAAAGGCUGAUUCACACAAAUGUCAUUCAAUAAUGACGUUUACUACUCUAUGUCAGUUUUAGUUAUUUUUUGCCACCUGGGGUACACACUUAUUAAAAAAUAAUUUGUAGGGAAAAUUGAGGUUAGUUUGAAUUUUUGCAACGCAAAAUCACUCAAUUUAGUGAUUUUUUGACUCUGUUAGG